GCUUUUUGAUCCUCAACUUUCUCAUCUAUAAAAUAGGGAUAAUAAUAGCUAAGUCAUUGUUCUUAGUGUUUUUUUGUACAAUAAUUUCAAGGCAAACUCUAAGAUUUACAGGGCCAUGUGUGGUGGCUGACACCUGUAAUCCUAGCACUCUGGGAGGCCAAGGCGGGUGGAUUGCCUGAGCUUACAAAAAAAUAGCUAGCAUUGUGGUGGGCGCCUAUAGUCCCAGCUAUUUGGAGGCUGAGGCAAGAGAAUCGCUUAAGCCCAAGAGUUUUUGUUUGUUUUUUAAUUUUUUUUGAGACAGAGUCUCAUUAUGUCGCCCUCGAUAGAGUGCUGUGGCAUCACAGCUCACAGCAAUCUCAAACCACUGUGCUAUGGGCACUGAACCUUAAGCCCAAGAGUUCGAUGUUGCUACGAGCUAUGACACCACUGCACUCUAUUGAGGGCAACAUAGUGAGACUCUGUCUCAAAAAAAAUAAAAACAAAACUCAGCUUGACAUCUGUAGCUCAAGUGGCUAAGGCACCAGCCACAUACACUAGAGCUGGCAGGUUCGAAUCCAACCUGGGCCGCCAAACAACAAUGACAACUAUAACCAAAAAAUAGCCCGGCAUCGUGGCGGGCGUCUGUAAUCCCAGCUACUUGGGAGGCUGAGGCAAAAGAAUCGCUUAAGCCCAAGAAUUGGAGGUUGCUGUGAAUUGUGAUGCCACCACACUCUACCCGGGGCAACAGCUUGAGACUCUGUCUCAAAAAACAAAACAAACAAAAAAAAUUCUCAACCACAUUGAGUCUUAAGGGAGUGAUAAAAUCACAGAAAUGUGUCUGAGUGAAACGUUGGAAUCUCAUAAAACAAGUUUUCCUACAGAGAACAAGAUUCUUCGUACAUAAAACUUCAUGUCCAAAGCACAUGCCUCCCUGGGAACUAGGACCACACAGACCUUCCUGCAUUCCCUCUAGCACCUUCUAUCUACCCAUCCCGACACUUAACAUGCUGUAUUAUAGUUGCCUUUUUGGUUCCUUGACCCCCAAAUUGGAUUGUAACCUUCCUGACAAAGGUGGGAAAUGUGCUUUUUCCCAUUGAAUUUCCAAUGCCCAGCCCAUUAGUAGCCACUGAAAUAUGUGUUGAAAAACAAGGGAUAAGGCAUUUCAGGAUUUCUUCAGGAGAAGGCAUUGCAGGCUGCUCUAGGGAGUUGUUUGGCAUUUCCCAAUGCUCCUCCUUGGGGCAGAGGGGAUUGAGGUGUUUCUCCACACCCAAAGCAGUUCCAGAGAAGAAUGGCAGGUAGAAACAGGCCCUCUGGCGCGUUCUUCCCCGCUGUAAGACUGGAUGGCCCUGGAUUUCUCUGGAUUCUCAGGUUGUGGCAAAUGCCUCAGCACCCACAGUUCAUUUGCCCCCAAGAUGCCUGGGUUUUUAGAUGUUAGCACAAGAAAGUAAGGAAUAAGUGAACUGUCGGAUAGCCAACCAGGAUUCCUUGCCAAGUCUGAUUCAGGUGUUUUUCAAACUCACUGGAGAAAGAAGGCAAAGGAGGAGGCUCUGGGUGGACUGUGCCACCCCCUCCACCCCCACCCCCCACCAGCUUUAACCAGAGCAGCUCUGCUGUUAUGUAUGUAUGGGAUUGGGGUGGGCCUAGGUGUGGCCAGAGGUUCUGACCCAGGAAUGAUCUUGCCCUGACACAAAGGGCCAGACACUGAGGACCUAGGUCCAUGUAGCUCAUGGAAUCUCUAGGGUGGACGGGAUAUCAGAAUCACCCAAGCCUUGUCACUGCUUGAAUCCCCUAAGAAUGCAGUCACAAGGUGGACACUUGCCCUAGCUUAGUACUCCCUGUGAGUAGCCAUGGGGGGCUGCAGGGAGCAAAAGGUUUUAAGCCCCUCUUAAGCAGAUGCCUCGUUACCUUACAAUGACUAACUACUACCACCUCUCUCCUAAUGGCCACCUUUGGGAUUGGAAUUCUUUUCCCCAUGAAAUGUAGGCAUUAAGUAAUAGUGGACCCAGACUCAUCUUGCACACCUUUCCUUUCUAUUUUGUCUCUUCCUCUCUGAAUUUGCAAAUGACUUGCUAAUUGGUUUGUAAAUAUAACAACUUUCACAGCUCAUAUCAAUUCCAGAAGUGGUGGUAAAUUGCAAAAUUCAUGGAAAACUCCCAUGUACAAAAUUGAGGAAGGGUAGGCAACACCCAGGAAUGAGGCCAGAGCUCCAGGGAGGCAGGCUCAUCAGUUCUUCCAGCAAAUUCCUCUGCUCUUCUGCCACCAUCACCACCACCCCCACUACCUGUAAAGAGACGCUCCCUUACUGUUUGUUCAAAUGGGAUGCACUAGGGGUGGGCCAGCCCCCACCCGACCCUGACAAGUGACCAUGGACCCUGGAGCCGGGCCAGAGUCAUCUCUGACUGUCAAUGAGCAGGUCAUCGUGAUGUCAGGCCACGAGACCAUCCGAGUGCUGGAAGUUGGAGUGGACGCCCAGCUCCCUACUGAGGAGGAGGGCAAAGGACUGGAGAAUGUGGCCGCCGAGGGCUCCCAGAGCGGAGGCCCUGCAGAAGCCAGUGGACCUGCUAGUGAAGCUGGGCCAGACAACCCAGAGUCCUCUGCGGAGGCGACUGUGAAGUCACUCCCGGGGAUCUCUCCGAGCUCUGCCCCCACCAUCGCCACCUUCAGCCAAGCCCCAAGCCAGCCUCAGGCAUCACAGACCCUGACGCCACUGGCUGUGCAAGCUGCCCCCCAGGUCUUGACUCAGGAAAACUUAGCCACAGUUCUGACAGGAGUUAUGGUGCCAGCAGGGGCAGUUACUCAACCUCUUCUUAUCCCCAUCAGUAUUGCAGGUCAAGUGGCUGGUCAGCAGGGGCUGGCCGUGUGGACAAUUCCUACAGCAACCGUGGCGGCCCUCCCAGGACUGACCGCUGCUUCUCCUACGGGGGGAAUUUUCAAGCCACCUUUAGCUGGUCUCCAAGCAGCUGCUGUGCUGAACACCGCUCUCCCGGCACCUGUACAAGCCGCCCCACCAGUACAGGCCUCGUCGCCAGCCCAAUCCCGCCCACCGGCCCAGCCCCAGGCGCUGUUCCAGACCCAGCCGCUGCUGCAGACCACACCUGCCAUCCUACCGCAGCCCACAGCUGCCACCGCUGCUGCCCCCACCCCCAAGCCAAUGGACACCCCCCCACAGAUCACUGUCCAGCCUGCAGGCUUCGCAUUUAGCCCAGGAAUCAUCAGCGCUACUUCCCUUGGGGGACAGACCCAGAUCCUAGGCUCCCUCACCACAACUCCGGUCAUUACCAAUGCCAUUCCCAGCAUGCCGGGGCUCAGCAGCCAGAUCCUCACCAAUGCUCAGGGACAGGUUAUUGGAACACUUCCAUGGGUAGUGAACUCAGCCCCAGCACCAGCCCAAAGCCUGCAGGUCCAGGCCGUCACCCCCCAACUGUUGCUGAACGCACAGGGCCAGGUGAUUGCCACCCUGGCCAGCAGCCCUCUGCCUCCGCCUGUGGCUGUCCGGAAGCCGAGCACACCUGAGUCCCCUGCUAAGAGUGAGGUGCAGCCCAUCCAGCCCACAUCAGCCGUGCCCCAGCCUGCUGUGGUCAUUGCCAGCCCAGCUCCAGCAGCCAAGCCAUCUGCCUCUGCUCCCAUCCCAAUCACCUGCUCAGAGACCCCCACCGUCAGCCAGUUGGUGUCCAAGCCACAUACUCCAAGUCUGGAUGAGGAUGGGAUCAACUUAGAAGAGAUCCGGGAGUUUGCCAAGAACUUUAAGAUCCGUCGGCUCUCCUUGGGUCUCACACAGACCCAGGUGGGUCAGGCUCUGACGGCGACAGAAGGCCCAGCCUACAGCCAGUCAGCCAUCUGCAGGUUUGAGAAGCUGGACAUCACGCCCAAGAGUGCCCAGAAGCUGAAGCCAGUGCUGGAGAAGUGGUUGAAUGAGGCUGAACUCCGGAACCAGGAAGGCCAGCAGAACCUGAUGGAGUUUGUGGGAGGUGAGCCCUCCAAGAAACGCAAACGCCGCACCUCUUUCACCCCCCAGGCCAUAGAGGCUCUCAAUGCCUACUUUGAGAAGAACCCACUGCCCACAGGCCAGGAGAUCACUGAGAUUGCUAAGGAGCUCAACUAUGACCGUGAAGUAGUAAGGGUCUGGUUCUGCAAUCGGCGCCAGACGCUUAAGAACACCAGCAAGCUGAACGUCUUUCAGAUUCCUUAGGGCUCAGCCCCUGACUCUGCGUCCUAGCACUUUGUAUUUGUCCCUUAGCUCCCAGCUGCAGCCACUGCCAGGGCAGCACCUGCCCUUUUGCGGCGUGCAGCUGUGUGCGCCAUAGGUCAUGAGACUCCACCGUGUGCAUGUAUGUCACUGCCUCCUCCUCCUCCCCAACCCCCACAUCAUGGGGGAACCUGAGGCCCACAUGGGAGCGCCAGGCUCUGGGCUGGCUGUGCAGAAGAGAAGUUGUGGUGUCAUUUAGAGAAGCACUUUGCUAACAUGUUUCUGAAGGGUGAAUUCUGGUUGGGAACCAGAAAGUCCCUGGCUUUGGGGCAGGGCUGUAGCAGCUCCUAAGGCCAUUAGCUCUUGCUUUUUUGGCAUUCCCCUUCUAGCCCUCUUCGUUGCUCCUCUGUGUUAGUGUGGCAUGUGUGACACCUCAUUCAGUGGAACCGCAGCCUCCUGCUGGCCCUCCCCCACACUUGGCCCAUAGGCACACUGUCCCCCUAGAAAGGCCCCAGAAAAUAAAAUUCACAAAAGUGUGAUGUGCUGCUUAAAAGGUCAGGCUCGGGUCGUGCCUGUGGCUCAGUGGGUAGGGUGCCAGCCCCAUAUACUGAAGGUAGCAGGUUCAAACCAGGCCCCGGCCAAACUGCAACAAAAAAAUAGCCAGGUGUUCUGGCGGGCGCCUGUAGUCCCAGCUACUCCGGAGGCUGAGACAAGAGAAUCGCCUAAGCCCAGGAGUUGGAGGUUGCUGUGAGCUGUGACAACAUGGCACUCUACCGAGAGUGAUAAAGUGAGACUCUGUCUCUAAAAAUAAAUACAUAAAUACAUAAAUAAAAAGAAGGUCAGGCUCAAAGUCUCCCUUGACUUCAAGGUCAGAACAUUCCCACAGACCUAGGGCAAAAUAUGUAAUCUCUCCCACCUCUCCCUGGUUCUACUGAGGGAACAAUUGCACUAAAACGAACCUGUUUAUUUGUAAUCCAUGUUGGAAGAAAUUAACAGUGAACUCUACCUGUCCUAGAGUUGUCCUGGAUCUACAGCAGGUUGGGAAUUUAAAAAAUAAGGCCAUCUUCCCAGAUUUUAAUCUAAUCCCAUAUGUGGCCAGUCUUCCCACAAAAAGAGUGUUGGGUAAGAGAACUUGCAGUUGGGAAAAUCCCUGCAAGCAGGCACCUCUGUAAAAAAAGGAAAGGAAUGCUGACUUUCCCUUUCUCUUUUCCCUACAACCACCCCCAGCCCAGUCCUGGAGCCUUCUCAAGGGGAGCAAAUUAAACAAUCAAUCUAAUAGUAAGGCCCUGGGGGGACACCAGCAUCCUUGGGAGAGCUGAUGACACCUUUGACUUAACUCUAAUUUACUUUGUAAGUCUAAGCCUUGGAGACUGGAGGAGAAAUCUCAUUUUGACCAGAGGCUUAGACCAUGUAUAUGUGUAAGCGACACCCCCCUUCUUGCCCUGUGCCCCAUGAGUCCAGAAUAGCCCCAGAUUAGGACAGGUUCUGCCUUCGGUGGGGUGUUGUUAUGGUACACUUGCGGUUGGAAUCUCAUCUAAGCUGUUAAGUGAGUUUCCAGCCUCACUGUGCCUACACAGUCCAUAAAAGUCAGUCUGUGACUCCAGAAAGUCAGGAGAGAACUCAAGAGAUUUGUUUAGAUGGUCCCAGACUUGGUGUGUAGACCGUCCGUAAAGGGGUCAAGCACCCGAUCUCUACUCUUACCCUUCCAGAGCUUCCUCUCUAGCAAUCCCUCUCCACUGCUCUCAGGUGACUCACCUGAGGGAGUGAUGCCCAGGUGUGAGCACAUCCCCACUUCUAGCCUGGCUUCCUCUGCUAUGCUAUGGUCUUUCCUUCCCACUUCCUACUGGUCACUUCCAGGCCCUGAAUGCCAGCAUGGCCACCCCUGCCAGUGAGCAGGGGAGAGUUGUGUGCAACACACACCCACAUUGACAUAUGCCUUGCAGUAUUUGGGCCAGCCAGACCUUCAGAGUGUGGUGGAGGUGAUCCCAGGAGAGAACCCGUCUCUCGUUCAGGG